AUGGCCGAGAAGAGCGAUAGGAAAAGGCAGAUCUCCGUCAGCAAGAUCCACACCUUGGAGGAUGUGGCGGGUUUAAAAAUGGGAUUUAAUAGGCACCUGCACUUCACGCUGGUGAAAGACCGUAACGUGGCCCACUUGAGAGACUACUACUUCGCGCUGGCCUACAUCGUCCGCGACCAUCUAGUGGGGCGCUGGAUACGCACCCAGCAGUACUAUUUUGAGAAGGACCCCAAGCGGAUUUACUAUUUGUCUCUGGAGUUCUACAUGGGUCGCACCUUGCAGAAUACAAUGAUUAAUUUGGGUAUAGAAAGUUCAUGUGAUGAAGCUAUGUAUCAGAUGGGUUUAGAUAUUGAGGAAUUGGAGGAAAUUGAAAAUGAUGCUGGUCUUGGUAAUGGAGGCUUAGGAAGGCUUGCAGCCUGUUUUCUUGAUUCCAUGGCAACACUGGGCCUAGCUGCAUAUGGGUAUGGCAUAAGAUAUGAAUAUGGCAUUUUUAAUCAGAAGAUCAAAGAUGGGUGGCAGGUAGAAGAACCUGAUCAUUGGUUGCAACUUGGUAACCCUUGGGAAAAGGCUCGGCCUGAGUAUGUAUUACCGAUUCAUUUCUACGGUUAUGUACAACAUACUAGAGAUGGCACCAAAUGGAUUGACACAGAGGUAGUUCUUGCCAUACCAUAUGAUACUCCAGUUCCAGGAUAUCUAAACAAUACUGUGAAUACUUUGAGGCUGUGGUCUGCCAAAGCACCAAAUGAUUUCCACUUGCAUCACUUUAACGUUGGGGACUAUAUCCAAGCUGUGCUGGACAGAAAUAUUGCUGAAAAUAUUAGUAGAGUCCUCUACCCAAAUGACAAUUUUUUUGAGGGCAAAGAGUUGAGAUUGAAGCAGGAGUAUUUUGUCGUGGCUGCCUCUCUCCAAGAUAUUAUUCGUCGUUUCAAGUCUUCUAAGUUUGGUUGUAAGGAUAAUAUUAGGAUUUGUUAUGAUUCCUUCGCUGACAAGGUGGCAAUUCAGCUGAAUGAUACCCAUCCUGCCUUGGCGAUUCCUGAGUUAAUGAGGAUUUUACUGGACCUUGAGGAGCUUGAUUGGGAUCAGGCUUGGACUAUCACCAAGAGUACAUUUGCAUAUACUAAUCACACAGUUUUGCCUGAGGCCCUUGAACGUUGGCCUGUGCAUUUAUUUGAGAAACUCUUACCUAGGCACAUGGAGAUUAUAUAUGAAAUUAACAGAAGGCAUCUGGAGAAAAUCAAAAAUCGCUAUCCUGGAGAUGACCAGCGUUUAACUCGAAUGAGUCUGAUAGAAGAGGGUACAGAAAAGAAGAUAAAUAUGGCACACCUCUGCAUUGUGGGUUCACAUGCAGUGAAUGGUGUAGCCAAGAUUCAUUCCAAUCUCAUCAAAGAACAGGUUUUUAAAGACUUUAGUGACAUUGAACCAGAAAAAUUUCAGAACAAGACAAAUGGAAUCACUCCAAGGAGAUGGCUUUUGCUUUGCAAUCCAUCAUUGGCUGCCCUUAUAGCUGAGAAAAUAGGACCGGGCUAUAUUAAAGAACUGAGCAAGCUUCAGAAAUUGCAUGACUUGGUGAAUAAUAAUCAAUUCAUUCAGGAGGUUAUAUCAGUGAAAAAGGCAAAUAAAGCAAAGCUUGCUUCCAUGCUAGAAAACAACUAUGGGAUUCAAGUCGAUAUAUCCUCCAUGUUUGAUGUUCAUGUGAAACGAAUCCACGAGUAUAAACGACAACUCAUGAAUUGCCUUUACAUUAUUGUUAUGUACAAUCGAAUUAGGAAGGACCCAAACAAGGCAUUUGUUCCAAGAACUGUUAUGAUAGGGGGCAAGGCUGCUCCUGGCUAUCAUAUGGCUAAAUUGAUUAUAAAACUUAUCACAUCUGUGGCACAAGUUGUGAACAAUGACCCUGUAGUUGACAAGAAGUUGAAGGUUAUUUUUCUGGAAAACUACAGAGUUUCGCUGGCCGAGAAAGUCAUCCCAGCAACUGACCUGUCACAGCAAAUCUCAACAGCUGGCACAGAGGCUUCUGGCACAGGGAAUAUGAAGUUCAUGUUGAAUGGUGCCUUGACUAUUGGCACUAUGGAUGGAGCAAAUGUGGAAAUGGCAGAGGAGGCUGGUGAAAACAAUUUGUUCAUUUUUGGCAUGAGGAUUCACGAAGUACAGGAACUGGAUAGGAAGGGAUAUAAUGCCACAGAGUUUUAUGAAAAGAUUCCAGAAUUGAAGCAGGUGAUCGAUCAGAUUGCGGGUGGAUAUUUUUCUCCGAAUCAGCCUGAUCUUUUCAAAGAUAUUCUGACUAUGCUGUUUCACCAUGAUAGGUUCAAAGUGUUUGCUGAUUUUCAGUCAUACGUGGAAACUCAGGAGAAAGUUAACCAGUUAUAUCAGAACCCAAUAGAAUGGACCAAAAUGGUUAUAAAAAACAUUGCUUCCUCUGGGAAGUUCUCUAGUGAUCGUACUGUCACUGAAUAUGCGCAUGAAAUCUGGGGUGUAGAACCUAAAGCAUUGAAGAUCCCUCUUCCUAAUCAACCAAAAGACACCUAG